AUGAGUUAUAGAAGUAAGAGAUUUAUUAAUUGAGAUGGAAAAUCGGUAAAAUUAUGUGAAAAAGAAGAUAAAGCUUUGAACAUUGAAAAUCAUUUAUAUAGUGUGAAAUUUUCUCCAUGUGGAAAAUAUAUAGCUUUUAGAGGUAUAAAUUUUAUUGAAUUGAAUGAUUCAGUUAAUUAUAAUAUUUAUAAAAGGUGAGAAACAAACACUAUAGGUUCGAUGACAUUUACUAAAUGCGGAAAAUUUAUCAUUUUUGGGAUUCGUAAUUGGAUUAAGCAGAUAUCAGUCGAGAAUGGAAGAUGCGAUAAUAUAUUCAAAAUAGAUGAUGCACCAACUAUUCUUGAAUUUUCUCCAAAUUAUAAAUAUUUAUGCUGCAAUGGCGAUUUUCUUUACAUAAUAAACUUUGAAACUAAAGAGUUAAUAUUUAGAGAAAACUGGAAUCGAUUAAAUUUUCGUGGAUUGAUUUGUUGGUUGUCAUGUGAAGAUAAAAUGGCAAUUGCCGAUUGAAGUGGAUUGCGUUUAUUUGAUGUUGAAAAACAAGCAAUUAUCGGUCAAAUAAGACUAAACUUCAGCAUCUUUAAAUCUAUUUGCUAUUCUGAUAAACAUAGAAGUGUAUUGGUAAAUUAUAAAGAUGGACGAUUGAGACUAUGAGACUUGGAAAGCCAAAAAGACCAAAAGCAAAUUGAUGUAAUUGAAAAUUAUGUGAUUGCAGUUGCAUUCUCUCGGUGUGAGCAGUAUUUAUAUAGAGUUACGAAUGAGUCAGCAAUUGAUAAGUACAAUAUAGACAGUAAAUCCUUUGAAACAAUAAUUAAAGGUAAUAAAAAGAAAAAAAUCUCUUGUGCUGCGUUUUCUAAUUGCAAAACAUAUUGUGCUCUAGGGCUUGAUGGUAACUCAAUAGAAUUAUGAAAUCUUGAUACAAGGCAGCUAUACAUAGCUUUUAAAGAAGGCACCAAAUUUAUUCAUUCAUUGGCUUUUUCUUCAUCAGGAGUAUUUUUAUUUUCAGUACAUAAUUUUUCUAUUAUUAUAUGAAACCUUGAGCAAAGAAAAUCCAUGGCAAAGCUUGAACAUGAUACAAAGAUUUUAGCCGUUUCUCCUAACGAAAAAUAUUUUGCAUCGUCGCAUAACGAAGUUACACUUAUAUGAAAAAAUGACCGUCACUAUAAUAUGAUUAACCACUUGCAGCAUAAUCUUUGGUGAGUAACUGCAUUAGCGUUUUCUAAUUGUAGCAAUUUUUUGUUUACAGGGAAUGCUAAAGGAUAUAUUAUUAUGUGGGAUUUUAUAAAUAAGAAAAAAUUAAAAGAAUUUUCUGAUGAUAAGACAUCUAUAUGAUACUUAAUUAUUACUCCUAGAGGCUUAAUAGCAGGAAUGAGUACCCAAAUAGUGUUGUGGGAUGACAAAACUAGUGAAAAAAUUAAUGAAAUUGAAAUAAAACUCGAAGGCGUGAAUAAUUUUGCGACGACAAAGUCUGGGGAUUGAAUUGCUUUCGGAAGUUUGCAUAAUACUGUUAAGAUGUGUAGGCUAUUAGAAAAAAAUUAA